CUUCACCUAAUACCACACCUAUCUUCUUGAACAUCGAGGUCGAUAGUUUUCAUUUUUUGAAUAUAUAAUCCUAAUAUACUCCAUUUCAUUCACUUUGGCAAUCAUUAUUCUUCUUUUUUGCCCUUAAAGGAGAAGUAAAUAAGCCAAGCGUGUUUAUUAUUUCAUUACUUCUAUCAACUUAAACACCUCCUAGCCAAAGCUUUACUGAAAAGUUAUACUAGCUAUGGCUACUCCAGCUACUUCAACAAGCACGUUAGCCGAUAUGGGCAGCAGCUAUGACACAGCGCUGUGUAUUAUUCCGCCGAAACAUUUAUGGCCAGAGCUGGACCGUUUCAGGAUGAUCCACGAUCCAGCAUACAGAACAUGGCCACCGCAUAUCAAGCUUGUAUACCCAUUUGUUCCGGUAAACAACCUGGUUCACGCUUCGGCAUUAAUCAUCUCCCUACUGGUACAGCUAUACCUAGAUCAUCCUUCUCCGCCAGAUAUACAGUUAGAUGGUACAGGUACCUCCACCAAGGACACCAAGGACACCAAGGACACCAAGGACACCAAGGACACCAAGAAGAAGAAAACAACGUAUUUCUUAUACAGCAAAUCUCCACCGCUCUUUACAGCUAUAAAGGGCCUUCUGUUGUCAUCGCUAAAGCGAAAUCAUAACAACGAUGAUCAAUUACGUAUGACCAUUGGACAAACGGAAGAUUUAACAUCCCCGCUACAUAAAUUCGCAGCACCAGUACUCGACCCUUUCCCUACCCUUGAGUGGAAGGCCGAAAAGAUUUAUAUCCUCGUACGAGACAGAGACGAGAAUCGGAUCGAUCCCAGCGUCCCUAGCCAAAUGAAGAUAUGGGGAGAAAUCAAUCUAAAAGCUUACGCCUUAUUAACAAUGCAAAAUCCUGUUAGCUUCUAUGAAGACGAGACGACAGCUACUUCUGAGAGUAACGAACAAAGUACUCUAUUAGAAUGCCGUCCGCUAACGCGCCUCCCGUAUAUGUUUUCUCAUACUGAGUUUAAAUGGAUUCAGCAACAGAGAUACCCUACUACUGAGCAGGUAUCCUCAAAUCCGGAAUCUCUAGUUGUUGCAAAUUAUAACGUCCACGCGGAAUUUCAAUAUCCCCCAACUCGAGCUCGAUACCCUAUCAUAAUCCAAAAUCUACUAGAUGCGCGAGCUCUGGCGGACGUUCUGGUACUAGAAGAAGUCACAGACGACUUCCUUUCAUAUCUCUGUAGAGAUAAGAGGGUUCGGGAGAUUUACUCCUUUAUUUCUAGCGGCCCCCCUGAUCAAUCCGAUAUUGGGCCACUUCCAAGCCGUUUUAAUAUUGUGGUGUUGAGCAAGCGGGCUUUUACUUGGGACUUACUGUCACUUCCUAUGGGCUGUAAAAGCUCAGUAAUCAUGAAAUUUACCAACAUUGGGAAAUACGAGGGGGGGGUUUUCAUACCGGUCAUUCUAUCUGCCAUUCAUCUUACUUCAGGCUUCACGGAUGCUUCUUUGCAGAGGAAGGGACAGGAAUUAUGGUCUCUCCUCCGUUACUUUUCCGAGGAAUACCCUCGAAACCCUUGGAUAUUAGCUGGUGACUUCAACAUUCCGACCAGUGUAUAUACCAUCGAAACGGCAGCCAAGAAGAAUGAAGUCUCUUCGCAUAGAAAUAUUUCAAAUGUAUUUGAAAAAGCAUUCAUUAUGAUGGGAUUGGUAGACACCUGGGCUUCUGCAUGCGUUCAAUACGGUGAUUUGUCGGAGUACGAUCUAAGGCAACCGGAUUUUAAGAAGGCUUUAGGGGGUGAAAAAGGAGCAACUUUUGAUCCAAUAGCCAACCACCUUGCUGAAAGCACUACUCACAGCUACUUCGAUAAGAGGCCACAACGUUACGACAGGAUUUUAGUAAAGGGAAAAGACUUUAUUGUGACGGGAUUCAACAUGUUUGGCCAGGGAAUGGGAGCAUCGCAGACUGACUUUUGUGUUGAAUCUAAGGAUGGUGACUCGAACGUCCAGCUUUCGUACGGUAGUGGCCAUUGGGGGAUCAAAUGUUCGCUAAAGAUUGCUAAAGAUGCAUCAGUACGGCCAACCGACGGUAGCAACGCCACCUUUAUUCCGCGAACAAUCAAGCAAGGGCAAAUGGCCGCCUCUCAGCUUGCCGCCCAUCUUUCCGAGCAAUCCGUGUUCCCUUCUGAUGUUGAUAUUACAAUGAGAGAAAGCGCGCUGUGCUUACUGAAAGAGGUCAUAAUGCAAGAUGAUGAUAACCUCGCUCGUGGGCUUUCAGCAUUUAUGUUGGUGCCUGUCGGGUCUUAUGGACUGGGUGUCUGGACUGCGGCGUCAGAUAUCAACUGUCUUUGCAUUGGACGUAUUAGCCCAAAAACUUUCUUCGCAUUAGCUAUUCAGCGACUUCGUAAAGCUGCGUGGAGGGGCAUUAAGAUAUUACGACGAGUAGAUGCUUAUUCUGGAACAAUCCUCGGGCUAGCAAUUGGUCACAUCAAAAUGGACUUACAAUAUUGUCCAGCUGUUGCUAUCACUGAAAUGUGGCCAGCCGCGCUGACGCUACCACCAACCGAUCCCGUUUUCAAGUUACCACAGAGUACUCUAGCGACAUUAAAGCCAGUGCGCGAUCUGUAUCAUCUCCUUGGGACGAUUCCAGACCUUGCGGCUUUCAGGCUAUCAUAUCAUGUAAUAAAAUUUUGGGCAGAGCGGCGUGGUAUUUAUGCUGCGCGAUUUGGCUAUCUUAAUGGUAUCCAAAUAUCGAUACUACUGUCGCGGGUGUGUAAGCUACUAGUAGACACAUGUGGCCCUGCACCAGGUAUCCAAACGAUAUUAGCGACCUUUUAUCGCCAUUACGCGGGAUUUGAUUGGAAUAAUUCCAUCGUUUUCGACCCCUUCUUCCAUACAAAAUUGAAUUAUGUGAGGACUGAACGGGAGCCUAUGGCCAUCCUAGGCUUCUAUGGGCCUCGUCUGAACACGGCGCAGACUACGUCAGUUUCUACAGCUCAUACCAUCAUUAAGGAAUUGAAGAGAGCAGACUCAAUACUAACAGGAACCGAGGUGGUAUGGACCGAGUUACUCGAUGAGAAUACAGGUAUAACGGAAUUUUUAAGUGUGUAUAUGAUAUAUAUCAAGAUUACUGCUCGGUUCUGGAGUGUGUCUCUGGCGAGGAUAAAUAAGACCUUGGAAUGGCUAGAAUCGAAAUGUGCCUCACUUUUGGUCGAGAUCGGCAAGGUAGUACCUGACAUAUAUCCCAGAAUCUGGCCAUCACGCUUCGUAAACCAAGACGCUUCUGAAGAAGAUGAAGAAUAUGAAGGGCAUUAUCUUAUCGGCUUGGAGUUAAAAGAACCUACCGGUCUACCGACCGAUAUAGCAAAAAUGCGUUCCGUGGAAGCCAGUUUGAAUACCUGCAUACGUGUCUUUGAAGCCCAGGCGAGUAGGGACGCGAAGCACUUUGACCCCAAGUCAUCCUGGAUAAACGCCGCAAUAAUUCCGCAGAGUGAACUCGGAGAGCUACGAUUGGACGAUCGGGACUGGGGGAAAUACACGGUCGAAGCCGAAGAUGAGGAUAUAGGCGAUUCGGAAUUCUGGGCAUCUAUGGAAGCUGACUCGGCCAAAGAACCACCUGCGAAGAAAGAGACCCGUUUAUCGCAUAAGCCAACGUACGAAGGGAAACUUCGAUCUGCAGGUGACGUUCUAAAUAGGCUUCGGUGGGAUCAAGCCAUGGACAGUAGCGACUACAUAAUCGGCUACGAAGAUCGCUUCUCGGGAGCAAUGGAGCGGUCAGUCGACUCGUGGAAGUCGGAUACGACGCACGAAGAAUUCAUACCGGAGCACAGGAUCCUAUACUUUAAGCGCAAGAGUGACGGUACGAUUGUGUGGGAUAGGGAGGAGAGACGAGAUGAAAUAUUCGAUAGCGGGGCGUCCAGUCUUGGGCGCUAGGGUAAGACAACCUGCUAUGUGGUAUGUAUUGUACAUAUUCUACGUGCUAUUCAUUGGUUGUUGUUUUUUGGGUUAGGUUUACUCAGCGUUAGGGAAAUACCGGAAAUACCACUCAGCGGUUUCCAAGACCUUUAGAUCAUGGUUAUAUU